AGAAAAAAAAAAGAGAAAAUGUCAUUCAAUAUGGCAUGUAUUCAUGCUGCGCUCCCUAUAUUUGAACUCAGUUAUGUUUUAGUCUAAUCUUUUCGCGUCAUAGAUUCACUCUUUUUCUUUCUUAUUCUAUAUUAAGUCACCAUGUCUGAAGACCAAGCCGAUAAAAACUAUAUGUCUAUGUUAAACAACCCUUAUAUCAACCCAUCUUCUUCUUCUGGAGAAGCAGUAGCAAAAAAGCAAGAUAUAAGAUUAAAACCAUGCCAUUUUCCAGCUGUUCAAGAAGUCCAAAAUAUUUUGACUAAUGCUACCAAAGACACUUUUCUUAUAUCUGAAUCUGAUGAACCUUUUGAAUGGAUUAAUAUAGAAAUCAAACAAACUGAUUUGCCUACAACUGAAAAGGAAUUAGUUACACUAGGAUUGAUCCAAAAGGAAACAGGUAAUUUCAAGAUCGAACCAUUAUCGGAUUGCUCUUUGCUUAAACAACAAGAUUACAAGCACAUUAUUUCAGCUUGCGAGAAGGCAGUCACCGACAAUGACUGGAAGGUGUAUCGAGUAAAGAAUGAACAAGGCACAACAACAACCAUUUUAGUUUUAUCGAUUGUGCAAGGAUCAAAUAAUACGCAUGCACUGGUUGGAUUAAAGAGUUUAUUGGUUCAAACAUAAUAAAGCCUUAUUUACAUAAUCGAGAA